AUGUCCGCUGCAGCAGCGGGCCAGCGCGACGGGCCGCCGGCCUCGAAUCAGGACGGCGACAGCGGCAGCCCCCGGAACCAGACCAAUGACAAGCCGAGCGAGCAUGGCGGCGAGCACAACGACAAGAAGGCCAACCCCGACCCGUCUGAGGCGGCUGACAGCCACGCCCACUCCCAAUCCGCCACGGCGGCCGAGGCCAGCACGGAGGAGAAGCAGCCGGACAAGGAGUUCAAGGAGGAUGCGGACGGCAACUUGAGGAAGCGCACCAGCAUUGGCGCCGCGAUCCAAGGAUCUCCGUCAGACCUCAAGAGCAAGCUGGUGGACCAGAAGGAAAAGAUCAAGGACAAGAAGAACCCGCCGGGAGGGUACGACGACACCCCGCUCCCCGACUUCCCCGCCGGGUACACCGUCAAGUUCACCUUCCACAAGGCCUGGAACCUGCCGGCCGCCGACUUCCACAAUGCCGCCGCCGACCCCUACGUCCACGCGACCCUCACCGCUGCCGUGCCCAGGCGCCACAAGGAGGACCCGCUCAUGGUGUACCGCACCCGGACCAUGAGGAGGACGCUCGAGCCCGAGUGGGAGCAGGAGUGGGUCGUCGCCAACAUACCGGCCUCGGGCUUCCGGCUCAAGUGCCGGCUGUACGACGAGGACUACCCGGACCACGACGACCGCCUCGGCAACCUGACCUACGUCGCCGAGCACGUCGACGAGCAGUGGCAGGGCGUCAGGCGCGAGACCAUUGGCCUGAAGAAGCGGAUGGGCAGCAAGCGGGCUUAUUUGGUCAAGGCGGCCACCUCCCUCCUCUCCAGGGACCACGACAUGACCCCGCACAUGGAGAUCAGCAUCGAGGUCCUGGGCCGGUCCGAGGGCCCCGGCGCACAGAUGUACACCAUGGGGCCCACGGCCUGGAUCAAGCACUUCAGUCCCAUGAUCGGGCGCCUGACGGGCAUCAAGGUGAACAAGGACGAGAAGCACGAUGAGAACGGGGAUACGGACGACGGCGAGGACAGCCGGUCCAAGAGAUAUGACUUCCAAGCAAACGAGAUCCAGCUCCAAGGCCCCGUCCCGCCCAAGCUCUACCACCGCUACGUCGAGUUCCGCCCCGUCAUUGGGCUCAUGUUCUCCUCCAACGGCCUCCGGGGCAAGAUCCUCAACAAGGCCCUGCACAAGCAGCACAACCGCAUCUACAACUACGACUCGACGACGCAGUACGGCACCUUUGAGCCCUGCUCCCAGGAGGCCUCGCUGCAGUUCCUCAAGAUGGCCCACUUCGACGAGGGCGGGCGCACCUUCACCUACGUCCUCACCCUCGACGGCCUCAUGCGCUUCACCGAGACGGGCAAGGAGUUCGGCAUCGACCUGCUGUCGAAGCACACGAUGCACUCGGACGUGGCGCUCUACAUCGCCUGCUCGGGCGAGUUCUUCAUCCGGCGCCUCGAGAAGCCCAACGCCAGCCCGGACCUGAAGCCGCAGCAGGCCACGCACCCGUCGCAGGACCUUCCCGGCGGCCCGCCCGAGAGCCCCCCUCCGCGCGACCCGUCGUACUACCAGCUCGUCAUCGACAACGACUCGGGCACCUACCGGCCCGACAAGAAGGUGCUGCCCCAGCUCAAGGAGUUCCUCGAGCGGAACCUGCCGGGGCUCGGGAUCGUGGCCAUGCACUGGGAGGACGAGGAGCUGCAGCGGCUCAAAGAGAACCAGGCCAAGAUCAAGAAGAAGGAGGGCCCGCCGAUGCGCAUGGUGCUGAACCGCAGCCCGAGCUCGAGCAGCUUCAGCUCGAGCGACGAGUCGCGGCUCGGGGACCUCGUGGGCCACGGCGAGGGCGAAGAUGGGGACGGCAAUGCUGGCGGCGGCGGCGGCGGUGCGAGGUUCAGGAGCAAGAAGGAGAGGGCGUGGGAUAUCGUCGAGGACCCUUCGCGGCUCAAGGGCGAGUGGGAGAGGGUCAAGGGGUCGUCGCAGAAGGAGCUGCCUGUGCGGGAGAAGGGUGGUGGUGCGGAGGGGGGUGCGGAGGGGACGAAGAAUUGA